CACACACACACACACACACACACACAGAGAGGGAGAGAGAGGAGCUGUCAGUGCACUGUUUCAAGUGAACAGCCACACACACUGAAGUGAAAUUUCCACGCGAGAGAAGGUCUCCUCUGUGCAGAGGGAUUUUUUUCACAUUGCCUUGCGCCUCUGGAUAGGUGUCUGCUCUGUUUGCUUGACAGCCAUCAUGGCCAGAUGUCUGGGUCUCCUCGUUCUAGCUCUCCAUAGUUUGGCACAGGAGCCGUCAGGCCCACAUGGCUGCACAGACGGAAGCUGUUAUCCAGCUACAGGGAACCUCCUCAUUGGGCGAGCUGUUAACCUGUCCAGCACCUCCACCUGCGGCUUGGAAACACCUGAGAAAUACUGCAUUGUUAGCCACCUGCAGGAGUCAGAUAAAUGCUUCACAUGUGAUUCUCGAAGACCAUAUCACUCCCACCAUCACAAAAGCAGCCAUCGUGUGGAGAACGUCAUCUACCUGAAAGAUAGUAGAGAAGACCUUACAUGGUGGCAAUCUGUGAACGGAGAGGAGAAUGUUAGCAUCAGACUUAAUCUGGAGACAGAGUUCCACUUCACUCACCUCAUCAUGAAGUUUAAGACAUUUAGGCCUGCAGGCAUGUUGAUCGAGCGCUCUAUGGAUUUCGGGCGUUCAUGGAGGCCAUACCGCUAUUUUGCCUACAACUGCACCAGAACCUUUCCUGGAGUUCGUACCCAGUCUCUGCAGUUCAUUGAUGAUGUGAUCUGUGAAGAGCGCUAUUCUGACAUCGAGCCAUCCACAGAAGGAGAGGUCAUUUUCAAAGUGCUUGAUCCUGCAAUCCCUGUCAGUAAUCCUUAUAGUCCUAAUAUUCAAGACCUGCUACGAAUCACUAACCUGAGGAUUAACUUCACUAAACUCCAUACUCUGGGUGACAACCUGCUGGAUCGUCGCCCCGAUGUGCUGCAGAAGUAUUAUUAUUCAGUGUAUGAGCUGGUGGUGCGGGGCAGCUGCUUCUGCUAUGGCCAUGCCUCCGAGUGUGCCCCAGUCCAAGGAGUUCACACCGGGUACAAUGGCAUGAUUCACGGGCACUGUGUGUGUAAGCAUAACACGGUGGGCCUGAACUGUGAGCGCUGCAGAGAUUUCUAUCACAAUCUGCCCUGGAGACCAGCCGAGGCGAAUAACCCACACACUUGCAGAGAGUGCAACUGUAAUGGCCACUCCAACAAGUGUCAUUUUGAUAUGGCGGUGUAUCUGGGCACGGGGAACGUCAGUGGAGGUGUGUGUGACAACUGUCUUCACAACACCAUGGGCCGCAACUGUGAAAGAUGUAAACCCUUCUUCUACCAGGACCCAGCAAGAGAUAUCCGAGAUCCCCACAUCUGUGUUCGAUGUGACUGUGAUCCAGAGGGUUCUCUGGAUGGAGGUCAAUGUGACAGUCAUACUGAUAUGUAUCACAGAAUGAUUGGUGGUCAGUGUCGCUGUAAGCCCAAUGUCCAGGGUCAGCGCUGUGACUACUGCAAAGAGGGGCACUAUGGCCUCAGCCAAAACGACCCUCUUGGGUGCCAAUCAUGUAACUGUGAUCCACGUGGCACCACCAUGAUGGGACCAUUAUGUGACCAAAUAAGUGGGGACUGUUCUUGCAAGAGAUACGUGACGGGUCGCUACUGUAACCAGUGCAUACCAGAGUACUGGGGACUCAGUAAUGUCCUUGCAAGCUGCAGACCCUGUGAAUGUGACUUUGGUGGAUCAUACAGCAAAAGCUGCAGGAUGGAUAAUGGUCAGUGUGACUGUCGGCCUCACCUCAUUGGCCGUCAGUGCUCGGAUGUGGAGCCUGGGUAUUUCUGUGCCGCUCUCGAUUACUACACAUAUGAAGCUGAAAGAGCAGUGGGCCACUCUCCUGAUAGUGCUGAUCUGCCUGGAAAUCCUCGCCCUCUGGCUGUAAAUGACUGCACACAGCAUCUCGGUAACUUGCUGAGGAGAUACAGACGCCAUCGGCACAUCACCCAGCAGCAGAGGGUGGCUCUGAGACGCAUCCGGCAGCUUCAGCAGACCCCCGAUGUGACCAUUGCACACAGAGAGAGAUAUACAGAUCAGAUGGUCACCUGGACCGGGCCAGGCUUUGCUCGAGUUAAAGAUGGCGCUGGCCUUGUGUUUACCAUCGAAGACAUCCCGUAUGCCAUGGAGUAUGAUAUCAUGAUUCGCUAUGAACCGGAGUCUACAGAGGACUGGGAGGCCAUUGUGAGUGUCACGUCUGUGUUACUGUCCACCAGUACUCGCUGCGGGAACCUGCUGCCCACUGAGCAGCUCUACACUGUCACACUACUACACAACAAGAGGCACAUCCUCAUGCCUCAGCCUUUCUGCUUCGAGCCCAGCAACCGCUAUGGGGUGGCCAUCCGCUUUCAGCGCCAUGCAGUCUCUCACAGACACCUCACUGCUCACAUCCUCGCUGACUCGCUUGUAUUAAUCCCCCGGUAUGAGGAGUUGCCAGGGUUCAUGGGUAACGAUCCCCUGGCUGUGCAGCGGCGAGAGGAAAUGAUGCGCUACAUGUGUCUGGACUCCUUCAUGGUUGCGCCAAUGCCGAUUCUGGCCGAUAUAUGCAUCAAAUUGAUCUGCAGCAUCUCCUCUCUCAUGCAUAAUGGAGCAUUACCUUGUCAGUGUGACCCUCAGGGUUCACUGAAUGUCGACUGUAAAAAAAUUGGAGGUCAGUGUCAGUGUAAACCCAACAUAAUUGGCCGUAACUGUAACCAGUGUGCACCGAGAACAUAUGGAUUUGGACCCUACGGCUGCACUGCCUGUAACUGCCACCUCGAUGGCUCUGAUGCUCAGCAGUGUGACCCAGUUACAGGGCAGUGCCCUUGCAACACCGGGGCCUUUGGGCGGCAGUGCUCUGAAUGCCAGCCUGGUCAGUGGGGCUUCCCUAACUGCAGACCGUGCCAUUGUAAUGGACACUCAGAGACCUGUGAUCCACACACUGGCGCAUGCCUUGACUGCAGAGACAACACAGCAGGCCAUCAGUGUGAGAGGUGCAUGAAUGGGUAUCACGGUAACCCAGUGCUGGGUUCAGGAGAACAUUGCCGACCUUGUCCAUGCCCAGGUAACCCAGGCAGUGGACAUUCAAAUGCAGAUUCUUGCCACAUGCAACAUUCCUCCAAGCAGAUCAUCUGCCACUGCAAGCCAGGAUACGCAGGACAUCGCUGUGACCGCUGUGCUCCAGGUUACUAUGGCCACCCAGAGCAAGAAGAAGGAGAGUGUCGGCCAUGUGAGUGUAACGGGAACAUUGUGGCUGAAGACCCUGAAUCAUGUGACCCCCACACAGGCGAGUGCUUGAAGUGCCUUUACAACACAGAUGGACCUUCAUGUUCGGAGUGCAAGCCUGGCUACUAUGGCAACGCCCUGGCCAGGGAUUGUAGGUUGUGUACAUGUAUGAGAUUGGGAACAGACCAGGAGUACUGCCUUGAUAAGGUAUGUUACUGUGACAAACAGACCGGUGCAUGUCCCUGCAGGCCUAACGUUGUUGGCAAUAACUGUGACCAGUGUGCUGCCAACCACUGGAACCUGGGCAUGGAUGAUGGCUGUGAGGCCUGUGAAUGCCAUCCACAGAACAGCUAUAGCUCACACUGCAACUCGAUCAGCGGGCAGUGUCACUGCCGGCAAGGUUUUGGGGGCAAGCAAUGCACCGAGUGUGAGCCGUUCCACUGGGGUGAUCCAGCAGUGUACUGUGAGGAGUGUAAGUGUCACUGGCAGGGAUCAGUGACAGGUCGAUGUGACCGUAUCACAGGGGCAUGUGAGUGCAAAGAGUGGGCAGCAGGCCAACAUUGUGACAGGUGCACCCGUGGUUUUAUCGGACAUUUCCCCAAGUGUGUUCCUUGCCACCCCUGCUUCCAGCUUUGGGACGACAUUGUAUGCCAAGUCAAACAUGACAUGGACAGAAUCCGCUUCAUUAUAACCAAGAUCCUGGAGAUGGGCGAGGUGCCCGGAGUUGCCGACACCCGCAUCCAUGAGCUGGAGCGGAAGCUGGCUGAGAUCCAGAAGCUGCUCCAGGAUGGAGAAGGAGACAGGAUUUAUCAGCUGAUCAACCAGGCCAUUGACGACUUGAGGGUUGAGAUAGCUGUCACUGACGGCCGUUUGAUGGGUGCAGAGAGAGAACUGAACGUGACGACAGAGCAUAACAACAUCUUAAAACACAAUUUGACAGCACUUGAGCGAGAGUUCAGGGAUCUGAACACCACCUUUACUCAGUGGCACAGAGAACUGGAGAACUCUGUUAGUGGUGAAAUUACAGGUCUGCUAAACAAAGUGCGGAAAUACUACCAAGAGUCUUUGGACGCUGAGCAGAGGUGCAAUGCUUCUGUUUCUGGGGCUCAGAGUCCUGUGGAGCAGUCUCAAGACAAACGCAACAUGACCGAGGCCCUGCUGGACCAGAGAAAGGACAAGUUUAUGCGCAAUGUCACAGCUCAGAAGAAGUCCUUGUCUGAGCUCAAAAAGAAAGCAGAAAACAUGGAUGGAAAAGUCCAUCAACUGAGCCAAAAGGUUUGUGGCAGCAGUGGCAAUAUGAGCGCUGAUGGUUCAUGUCCAGACAGCCCUUGUGGAGGUGUUGCUUGUAAGGACAGUAAUGAUAAACUAGUGUGUGGAGGGCCACAUUGCAACGGCACUGUUGGCGAGUCAAUCAGGGCGCUGGAGAAAGCCAAUGAUCUCAGCAAGAACCUGACAGCUGUCAGCGAGGACCUCAUGAACAUGGCCAAAAAGCUCCAGGACAUUGCUACACUCACUGAGAAUGUGAAGGCCCAGGCGAUGAACACUCUGGACAAAGCUCAGAAGAAGAAAGAGCUGUUUGAAAAAUCCAAUAAGAAACUGAAAGAUUUCAUCCAGACGAUCAGAGACUUUUUAACUGAGGAAGGAGCAGAUCCAGAGAGCAUAGAGAAAGUGGCACAGCAGGUUUUGGCCAUCACGCUGCCGGUCAAUCGGACUGAACUGGACAGCAUAGUUCUACAGAUAAAAGACACCAUUGCCAACCUCACCGACGUGGAUGGAGUCUUCAACUACUCUGCUGAGCAGCUGGCCAAAGCCAAGGACCUGCUUGAUAGAGCCACCAAUGAACAGGAAAAUGCAGGGAAAAUUAGUGAUGUUAUUAACAAGACUAAAGAGGCAAUGAACACUACUCAGGAGGCCAUAGAGAAGGCAAUGACGGCAAUAGAGAAAGCCUUGGAAAACCUCAACAGCACACAGAGCGUUACUUCAAUGGUGGAAGACAAACUCUCAAAUUUAGAAGCCAACCUUAUGGAUAUGAUGAUGCGUUUGGCUAAUUUAUCCCAAGAAGUGGAUUUUUUGAAAAAUAAGACAGAACAAAACAGACAGCAGGCACAGGAAGCCAAGGCGGUAUCAGAGAAUGCCACUCAGGCUGCCUCUGAACUAACAGAGGAUUUGUCACAUGUUGAGAGUCGUUAUAAGGAACUAAAAGAUAAGAUUGAUUCUUUGGGAGGAGCGGCACCAGGCAAUAUUACCCAGAAAGCAGUGGACAUGAAGAACGAGGCAGAGGAUCUUCUCAGGAAAGCCAACAAGGACAUGGAAACACUUAAAAAGCUGGAGCGAAAACUGCAGAAGAAUGAGCAGAGAAUGCAACAGCAGCGGGAUGAGCUGGCGGAGCUGGAAAGCAAUGUUACAGACAUCAGAAAUUUCAUCAGAGAAAAAGUCUCUGGCUAUAACACCUGUUAGUAAUGACAAAAUUAAUUCAUUCAGAACAUUAGGAUUUGUUUAGCCUACCACAUUAACUCAGGACUUCUGUCAAUGUCAGUCAAAUCUGCUGUGUUUCUAAUGUGAGGGAUUGACUACUUAUUCCUCCUAACUGUCAGCCUGAAGACCUGUUAAGAAAAAAGAAAAAAACUUGCCAGAUUACCCUGAAACUGGAAAGAGCAACUGAUAAUAAAUGAACAAAAAGCAUAAUUUUUAACUAAUAAAAAUUGCAAAUUUGAUUGUAAUUAUGUAAAUGGGGAUUUUUAAUAAAAAAAAAAGAAAGAUACAUUUUAUAUUAUUUCCAUGUAAAUUAUAGCAAAAUUACCACCUUGUCAAAAUGUUAUGGGAUGAAAAUUUAUAUAAUAAUUUCUUACAAGUACUUUGUAUACAUUAGGUGCUCAAGUGUUCUCUAUUAUGACUAAAAGUUACCUCUAAGGGCAUUGAGAAAAAUCUCAUUUGAACUAAAAAAGUAUUCUUUAUAGUAAUGUGAGUGAACUGCUAAGGGUAAUAAAUAUACAUUUGAUAAAAUAUUUGGAAUUAAAAGCAACUGAUUCUUGUAA